AUUAAUUCCUGUCUCUCUCUGUCUCUGUCUGGCAAAGAAUACUCUUACUCGAUGCACCGUUUAUCAUUCACUGAACUGUGCAUGACAGCAAUCUGACCCGACGGAACUGUCAGCAAUUACCAGUAGUUGGAUUCGUCUACCUGUUCUCAUUAUUCCACACUCACCCAAACCACUUAUGGAGAAAGGGAACCCCAUCUCGAUAUACAGGCACAACGCUGACCACCGGCCUCAGGAGGGGCCGUCAGCUGGAGGCGAAACUCGGUGUUGCCGCUGCUCCAUGCUGCACUUCUGCUUUAAAUAAUCAUAUCUGUCCAGCGUAUGACUUUUCUCUUCUUCCCACAAGUCCAAAUUGCAUUCUCUUUUUUAUUUUCAUUCUAGUUUGAUUAAAUGUUUAAAUUAAUCUCAGUUGUUUUGGCCACAACUACAUGACGCAUGCUCAUCCAGGUAUGAAAUAAUAAGCCAGCAUGCAUGACUUUUCUGUAUUUUAUAUUAGGGUAAUUCUACUAGGCGACACAAGUCAACUAGCAAGUCAAUGACUUGCAUGCUAUGCAUAUUUUUAUUCUGGCAUUCAACAAGAAGAUAACUAAAUCAUAGAGAGGAGGAGGAAUGGGGUCAUGGAUGUUCAAUUUUGAUCUUGUUCUGCUCUUUCUCAUGUCAUUCCAGUUCCAUGUAUCCAUUGAAUCUGAUAGCAUCUUUCCAGGGCAGAGACUUUCAGGAAAUCAAACUCUAGUUUCCUAUGGACAAAUAUUUGAAAUGGGUUUCUUCUCACCAUCAGGUUCAGGUAACAACUCUCGCAAUUAUUACCUAGGGAUAUGGUACAAAGGGUUACCAACGCCAGAAAGAACAGUGGUGUGGGUAGCCAACAGGGAUCAUCCUAUAUCUGAUCCAUACUCUUCAUGGUUAGAACUUGACAAGCAUGGCAAUCUAUCUCUCUAUACUUCCACCGGUCAUGCAGUUUGGUCAGCGAACUCUUCCUUUAGUUUGGAUGAUCCUUUGGAUUCGAAAGCUGCUAAGCUUCGGGAAGAUGGAAACUUUAUUAUAAGCAGAGGUAUUAAAAGGGUUCUGAAAUCUUGGCUAGCUACAAGUAAUCCAUCAACUGGCAACUUCUCUGCCGAGGUAACUACAGUUUCUGUGGAUUUAGCUGAGGUUCAAUUGUUGCAAAAUGAUGGUUUUACUGAGUCUAAAUUCUGCAUAAAUCGGUUUCAUGAAACUAAAGAUUACGUGUAUGAUUUUGAAUUUCACUUUAUAGGAUAUGUGGACAUUUACUCGUAUGUUUUGUUUUCAUAUGGCAACUCAUACAAUCUUGCAAGAUAUGUUUUAGAUGGAUCUGGAAAGCUCAAACUUUUAGGGUGGUCAAACGAAUGGGUUACCAUCAACAUGGACCACAAAAAAUGUGACUUUCACGGUCGUAAUGAGGAUACAAGAGUGAAUGCCAAACAUAGUGGAAGGAAGAAUGCUACUUGGGUGGUUGUGGAGGUGGCGAUUGGGCUUACUAGUGUGAUGGUUGCUAUUGCCAUUUUGCUGAUAAGGCUAUGGAAGAGAGGCACCACCACUUCAUCUAAGGUAAUGGGAGGAGAUACAUUGAAGCAGUACAACUACAGAGAUUUGAGAAAAGCAACUAGAAACUUCACAAUUAAGCUUGGAAACGGUGGUUUCAGCACUGUUUACAAAGGGGAAUUCCCUGAUUCAACUUUCGUAGCUGUCAAGGAACUUCGAGGACACUUUCAAGAAGAAAAACAGCUUCGAGCAGAACUCAAUACGGUAGGGCUGAUCCAGCACAAAAAUCUUGUUCGCUUACUUGGAUUCUGCUUACAAGGUUCCCAGAGAUUCAUAAUUUAUGAUUACAUGCCAAAUGGUUCUCUAGAAUCUCACUUGUUCCAGAGUGAUUCUAAUGUCUUAGAUUGGGGAACUAGAUACAAUAUUGCUCUUGGCACUGCCAAAGGUUUAGCUUACCUACAUGAGCAUUGUAGAGACUGCAUCAUUCAUUGCGACAUCAAGCCGGAGAACAUUUUGUUGGAUGCCGAGUUUAAUCCUCAAGUCGCGGACUUUGGCUUGGCAAAGCUUCUAGGCCGAGACUUUAGUCGAGUUCUUACUACCAUGAGAGGAACAAGAGGCUAUCUUGCAACAGAGUGGUUCUCCGGCGUUCCAAUCACUGCAAAAGUUGAUGUAUAUAGCUAUGGUCAAGUCCUUCUUGAGAUCAUUUCAGGUAGAAGGAACAUGGAUCUAGUAAAUGAUGAUCUAGCUAGUUAUUUCCCGUCAAUUGUUUUCAAUGCAUUGAACAAUGGGGAGGAUGUUCUGCCUUUAGUAGAUUCCAAACUACAAGGCAAAUUCAGCGCAGAAGAGGUAAAUAGAGCAUGCAAGGUUGGUUGUUGGUGCAUUCAAGAUGAUGAGAAUGAUAGACCAACAAUGAAAGAGGUUGUUCAAGCUUUGGAAGGAAAUCUUGAUGUAGGUAUUCCUCCUAUUCCGCAGUUUUUCCUGUCCUUAGCAGAACCUUCUGUCCAAAAAGGUGAUCUGAAGGAAAGCAAGGAUUAUAGUACAUCGAGCACACUACCUUCGAGUUUCAGCUUUCAAGCACCAGUUCACCAAGUUCAGGAUGAACCUUGAUAUCAUAUCAGUGAGUUCGCUGCUACUGCUACUAUUCGUGAAACGGUGAAAGGCAUAACUUUGUUCAGCAGCUAGCUUUACUAAUGGCUAGAAACACUCAUUAAACUUCCAUUUAUUUCCUUCAAGAUCGAAGCAUCCAGAAUGCUGAAAUAAAUUAGUCACGAAGUAUUUCUGGUGCUUCCAUUGAUUUAUGUCAAAAUAUUAUUUUGGUGAAUUGGUGAUAAGAACUCAAUUGAUCUUCUUUACAAUUUAUGUAUGGUAAAAUGGACUUAUCAAAACAAGAAUGGAUUCAAUUACCUAGUGUUUCUACAUAUAAGUAAACAUUAAAAAUCUUUUUUUAAGUAAACUUGAUUUCCACCUACUGGUGAUCAAUUGAUCAUGCUCACAAGAACUUUGAUGCUUGAGUUUUUAAUUCGGAAAAGAAUCUUAUUUGUUGAGAUUUGCCUGUUGCUUUUACAGGCUGAAAGAACCUUAAGUUUUGCAGAGUAAACUAGUAAGAAUUUGUGUGGCAAGAUCAUGAAAGAACGCAAGUGUAGCUACAUGUACCUGUUUUGAGUUGAAUAUUUCUCAUGUUUCCUUCUAUAUGCUAGCAAGAAAUUAAGCUUAGUCAUACUUCAUAGUUUAAAUUUCAUCCACUUUCCUUAUAUCACUAGCAAAGUCAAGUUUAAUUAAAGAAACUGUAAGAAAAUAUAUUGAGAAAGUGUUCAUGAACUUUUACGUGAACAUUUCUUUGUAUAAUAGCUUAGAGUGCAUAGCCU